UGUAGUAAGUUCUGAAGUGUGUUUUGAUCGGAGGCAAGUCCUGUUGAAAGUUCCAUGGCUUCAGAUCGUUGGUGUUUGCAGCCACUACUAUGGUGCACUUUAAUUCACCUCUUUCAGGGUACUUCUGCCGUGGAUCACGUUCCUGUCCUAGUGUGGUCAACAUUUAGCUCUUUAUGGAAUUUGAAAAAUGCAACUCAUGAAGGUCAUAUCAUUGGAAACAAAGAUCUACAUACAUUCCUGAAACCAAUUUUUAACCAAGAGUCCCAGAAUGUUAUUCUAUUUCUUCAGAAUGAGCUUAGUGUUGAAGACUUUACAUGUUAUGGUCCUCAUAAUGGAGACAAUGAAGUGUUCUACAAUAUACAGCAAUUCCUUGACACCUCAAACUCAUCCGUGGUUCUACCAGCAGUUGACUGGAGGGCAAUAAAACACCUAAAAGAAAGUUUUAAUUGGACCAAAGUUCUAAUUGGCCAUGAUCAGGAGAAAGAACUGAAAGUGGAUCCUUCAAAGCAAAAUCUGAUUGUAAUAAACUUAGAACCAGUUGACAGGGUGAAUAACUUGAAAACAGCACAGUGUCUAACCAACAACGAUAGAGUAAUUGGGAUGACAAUUAAUACUCUGAAAAAGAAAGGACUUCAGUUUUCUGGCAUUUACACAGCUUUAAGACCUUCUGUGGUUAUUAGCAGCCAUACUGAGAGAAUGAUUCAUACUGGACGGCGAUUGAAAGCCAUGGAUACAGAUAGUUCUGUUUCCUACCCACCACUGAAUGUGACAAAUGGCACAGACACCUGCAUUCUCUUUUAUGCUACCAGCCUGCAGCUAAAGGUCAAUGGAACGUUGAUUGAUCUCACCAAUGAAACCUUUAUUUCCCGUUCAGUGAACACCAGGAGUUCUAUAUGUUCAACCACCAAUGCCACGUUAUCACUCAACUAUUCACUCCAACAAAAUUUAAAAAUUAAUAUUAAGACACUAGAAAUCAGGUUUCUCAUGAGGAACACUUUCUACACUGGAUCUGCUCGGCACUGGUUCACUUUAGAUUUUGUUGAAAUUGUGCAAGAUGAAGUAGAUGUUGGAAGAUUUAAUGUGUCCAGCAUCUCAGCACCACAGGAAUAUUCCUUCCACUGUCAGUUGGUAGGAACUAGUGGGCUUAAUGGUGUAGAAUUUAUUCCAGCUAACAAGACUGCCCAAGCCUGGACUAUCACUAUUUCUGAAUUUCAGAUUCAGGGUUUCAAUGUGAAGAACAAUAUAUUUGCUUAUGCAAGUGACUGCACUUCAUUCUUUACUAAUGCAAUUUGGAUGGCCCUGGUGACAUCGCUGAUUCUUUUGUACAUUCUAACCUAUGGCAUACACAUGAUCAUGCACUUGACAACCAAUGAUCGCUUUGAUGAUCCCAAAGGCCAAGCUUUAUCAGUUCCCCAGACUGAUUAAGUGUACUGGAACUUAAUUCUCUAUCUUUAUGUUAACUAAAUUGAAUUUACACAAAAGGUUACAGGGGAUGUGGUUAGCUAUAAUUUUGAUGUACUUAUAGUUUGAAUGUUAAUCAAUACUGGAGCUUUUAGCACCUUGUAGAUAAAGUUGUCCAGAAAGGACAAUGUGCAGAUUGCUUAAUCAUAAAUCUUUUCACUGCACCAUAGUGUAUCUAUAAGCGGAGGCACAAAAUGGUUCACAGGUAGGACUUUUUGACUGACUAAGUAAUCUUGAUACAAGAAAGUGAGGGGAAGUGGGGGAGGGGGAAAGAUUGCCAGAACAAAUGUGGACCAAUUAUUUCCUGUUGAUGCUAAUUUGAAUGUUUAAUAAAGGAGACUUUCUGAAAUAUUAUUCUGUUAUUAUUCAUCAGUGAAUAGGAGAUACAAAAGCACUUAAGCACAAAUGAGCAUGGGUAAUUGUAACAUGAAUGGCUUAUUUUCUGUAAAUGAUUGACCUCAGCAUUAACUGUUACAAGUUAAAUUCACUUAAGUUUUCUAUUUUGUCAAGGUAACCACAUAGAAUAUAUGUAAAAUGGCUGAAGUCAAAGGGAAGAUUCAUUUGAAAUAAAAAUUGAACCUAAACACUGAAGCUCUGAAUACAGAUUAGCUAAUUAAAUAAAUUCCAAUGGAGCCUUAAGUCAGUCAUCCAUAUACAAUGUGUACGACUUAAUCCCAAGCGUUCACAGGUACACUGUUGAAAUCAUCUUUGCACAUUUUCCUGUGGCAGUUGCAUCCAAUACAUCGAAGGGAAAUUCAGAAUUGUAUUUUCCAAAGGUCUUUAGCACUAUUGGUCAGUAAACUCAAGGGCCUUCUGUAUCUACUGCAUUCCUGCAAGACUGCUGACUACUUCACCAACUUCCAGUAUGAAAGAUGGAUUUCCAGAAAUGCUCUUCUAUAAUUUGUAGAUAAUAUUUCAUAAUUACUAGAUAAUAGUCAAUCCAAGCAUCUGGAUCCUUACACAGUGUUCUUAUUUUUGAAGCAUUGCAAGAGUUUUUUAAAAAAGUAAAUAUUUUCCUUAAUGUUUCUAACACUCUAUAUUGCAGCAGCGAGAAUUUAAAAUAUAUAUAAUGAGCUGUCUGAUUAAUUUCAUGUGCUGAUUUAAAUUAAAAAUACCUAUUUGAAGACAAAUUUUAAUCAAACGUUAUUAUUUUUCCUUCAAUGUAAAUAGGCAGUACCAUAUAGAGUAUGGAUGAAAUACUGCAUCAAAAAUAGAAAUGGAUUAUUUUUAUGACUUGGGCAUCUUUGCACAAAUUUUAAAAUCAUGAUUAAAAUAUUUGGAGUACUACAAGACCAAAUUGUUUCUGUGAUUACUCAUAACAAUAAAAAUAUAAUUUUCA